AUAACUUCAAAAUAAAAUUAAAAAAAAUAUCUGCUUGGGUGUUUUUGUGCGGACACCCACGCGCCCGGCACCCCUUUCUCUGGUUUCUCUUGGGUAUAUAACAGCGUCGCCAUUACCGAAACCUUCAAUUUCAUCUUUCGAUUUUCUUCUCUGCUCCGCCACUUGUUGAUUCUCUCGCCUUUUCUUCCGCCAAGUUCAGAUUUCAUUGCAAGCUCGAAAACCCUUCUCCAGCGACCAAACACAGCUUUAAUUUCGAUGGCACAGGUUCAUGGUAUUUCGUCGGAGAAGUGGGAAUCCCUGUCAUCCGCAGUGGAUGAACUGGAAAACAAUCUGUGUGGAGGAUUUGACUGUAACAUUUGCCUGGAUCUUGUGCGGGACCCGGUGGUCACGUUCUGCGGCCAUCUCUACUGCUGGCCGUGCAUUUACAAAUGGAUUCAUUCCCAGACCAGUUUUAACGAAGACGGGGAUCUCCAACAGCCACAGUGCCCUGUUUGCAAGUCUGAAGUAUCUGAGAAAACUUUGAUUCCAAUCUAUGGCCGCGGCAUAACCUCAAAACCACAGCUUGCAGAAGGCAAGGCUGCGAAUCUUGGGAUCAUCAUCCCACAAAGGCCUCCUCCAAGUCCAAGACAUGAUGGGGUCAUCAGCGAUUCACGCGAUCUCCACCAUCCAACUUACUCCCAACACGUGCCGACCACCUCCCCAGCUAUGCUUAGCCUGAGCAGCAACUCCACAACCAAUGUGCUGAGCCAUCCGAUGAUUGGGAUGAUUGGGGAAAUGGUGUAUUCGGGCAUGUUUAGGAACCCGGAAACGGAUUUGUAUGGAUACCCAAACGCGUACCAUUUAUCUUCGGGUGGUGGUGGUGGGACCAGUCCGAGGGCGCGAAGGCAGAUGCUGGAGGCUGAUAGGUCACUGGGAAGGGUGUGCUUCUUCAUUUGUUGCUGUGUGGUGAUAUGUCUUCUCUUGUUUUGAUCACUCUCUUAUUGUUAUCUGUGAAAAGUUUAAUUCCCCUUGACCCUUUUAGUGCAAAUGAUGGAUACAAGGCAUCCUUCUUUGGUUUAUAGAGAGGUUGCAGAAGCUGUAUACUCCCCAAUAUUAGAAUGAUGAUGAAAAUGGCUAUGGUGUUUGUUCUCUUGUGCACCUUGGUUGCUUCUCUACUAUCUCAUAUAUUGUGAAUUUGUAAUUUCCAAAUUGUAAGAGAUCAUGUUUACAUUAUACGUAUGGUUCUAGGGUCAAGAUUAUAAGGGCAUAUUUAGGAUAUGUCUCAAAUUAGAUUGAAUCAAUCUAAGCCUAGGGAAUAAAAUCCUUCUUACUUAUUGUUGGUCCCUAUGAAACAUUUCUACCCAAAAAAAAAUGAAUAUCACAAUCAAAACUCUAUCUACUAGAUAGCAAUAUAGAGCACUGAUAUUGCAUAGGGAGUAAUUUACAUCCACCACACAAAAGCUUUAAAAAUGAGCAAUUUCGAAGCUUACCAAAGGAAGACUGUCAUAUCAUAUCUCACAUGGAGCAACAGACAAAAAAGAGUAAUGCCACUU